AUGUAGGUUACUACAAUAAAUAAUUUAAAACGUCUUACAUAUAUAGUUCUAAAAUGUACUGUUUUCGUGUAAAAAAACUUAUAAGUGCGCAUAUAGUAAAAAUCUAAAUCUCGUUUUCUUUCGGGUGCUAGGAAGUCAAUAUGGAUUUUUUUCAAAAUCAAAAUUUGACGUCUGAUAAUUUCAGUGAUAGUAAAUGUUCUUAUUUUACAAUCAAAUAUUGUUUUCAGAAAUAGUUAUAGCCACUGAUUCAGUGUGGACAGAUUUAAGCAUUCAUUUGAAUGGCGAAAUGACGAAAAUUGCCCUUCACACUUUUGUGUACAAAGGACGCCACGAUAUUAAAAUAAAACUAGGAUUUCCAAGUACUAGUAUUAACACAUCAAAUACUGAUAUUGAUUUACCAAAUGAAAAAAGUAGUUCCGAUACCUGUGGUAGUAGUGAGGAAGAUUUUCCAACAAAAAGGUUUGUUUUUACUUUUUCCGCUGAUGAACGGAAGAAAAUAAAACCGCACGAAGUGCUCUACAGACUAAAUGAUAAAAAUCGGCCUUUAAAAACUUGUAAAUCCUACCACACACUAACAAAAAACCAAUGGAGUCCUAUAUUAGCAGAACAUUUUUGGAUACACACCCGAUUACCAUGCUGCUUAUCAUUUCAAAAAGCCAAUGUUCAUCCCCAAGGGUCAAAUUUUGUGACUGUUAUUGCCCGAUGUUCAAUAUGUGGAUCGCAUUUUAAAGGGAUAGUUGCUGAACGGCCGUUAGAUAGCGCGAGGUAUUUUAUUAAUUUCAACAAAUUAUAAAUUAUAUUUAUAACUGUUUACAAUAUAAGAUAUUUAACGAUAUUAU